UACAGGUCCAGUCUUGUAGAGGAACACACUGCGCCGCAGCCACUCACGUCUUCUUGGAUGUUUUCCAGUUCGAAAUUAGUUGCGUUCCUUUUGCUACUCCUGCUUCCCCGUCCCUUGAACAGCCUUGAAGGCGGGUUACAUAUACAGCUGUGUUGUGUGUUGGCGUUGGCCCCGAGUGGGCGGCCGUGAGUUUGGGUGUAUUGGCUUUUUAGCGAACAUCAAACGUCACUUACACGAUUACUUGGCCAUACAACGUACGACUCCCGUUCUUUGUAUUACUUGUAGGAAAGUUGCUACUAUUCAGAGUGUUUGCUGGACAGCUAAUAACAGGGGUCUACCCUCUCCCACCAAGUGAACCCAGAGAGUUUACACAGUCGCUGGCUGGUCCUCUGGCUGGGGUGUCACUGAGAUGUGGUUCCUGUCCACAUGAUGCCGUCACCAGACUCUCUUUCCAGACUGAGUCACUCAGAGCUCUUGUCAUUCUCUCUGACAGGGUUCUCUCAGUUGUCACUAUCAAUGAGAGCGUCACACCAGAAGUGGUUCAGGUCGUCUCGCUGGAUGAACAGUGCACUCCGCAAACUCUUGUGGCAUUUGCUGAUUCAAAGCAGUUUGCCGUCAUCUGUGCUAGGCUUUCCUUGCAAUUUGGGUCAGUUGAUGGUACCAGGGGUCGCGUGAAACUACGAGCACUUGAAACAUACCCCAACCCAAUCCCAGAGAGCAGUAAAUCCGUUUUUAUUACGACUGGUGUAGAGAUAAAAAUUGUGACAAUCGGGGGAAAUUUUGUGGAAGUUUACACCGUCAACGAUGGAUCGUCAGUGACUGAUGAACUACCGCGGAAUGUAAACUGCCCGAAUACCAGCGAGCCUAUCCUAACUCCUCUGCACACCGAACCAGCUGUACUGUUGCAGUGCAACACUACUAAUGGAAUGGUCGUCUAUGUCAUACCGAUUCCAAUAGAACAAGGGACGGACGCGAGAGGUUUCCCAGCUGAUGGCCUGGUACUGUCUUCGCAAGAUGGGACUUACGUGAUAGUGGUCAAAGGCCCAGUGUUGACCAGUCAAGAAAAUGGGGCUCCGGGGAAGCAAGUUGUACUUCGGAGUCAGAUUACAGCUGUGGAUAACUUGGACAGUGAUAAUGUACGUGUCUUGACAAAGGAAAAGAGGCACAUUGUAAUAAAUCUCGAAAGUUGCUCACAACGGGUAAUGCCAGGUGGUCAUCCUGUGCUAUCAGAGUGGGUCGGCACUUCAAACGACUACAUUUACCUCACAGAAGACGACAUACUUGUAGUUGUCAAUGAUACAUCUAUCGAACCAGAGUAUGGACCGAAGGGGGUUGCCAAUAAACAACAAAUGAUGCUGUUUGUCGAACAAGCUACAAAACAGACACCCAUUCCUACUUCGACUCCAGACCCACAUCCACCCUCUCCGCCAAAGUAUGGGACGAACGUUGAUGCAAUAGGUUGGAGUUGUGGCGGCAUAGUUGUAGUAGGGCUAAUAGCUUUUCUUUUCAUUGCGAUAACUGUUGUGCUUAUGCGAAAAGGAAAUAAUCGGGCACCGUUCCAAAGAUUGUUUUGCACACAAAGCGAUGACAGCCGUGCUGAGAUUCACCUAGAAUCCUGUCAAAACAUGAUAGAGUUGCCUGAAAUAAGGAGGCCAGAAGACCGUGACAGUACCCCGAGUCCCGACCCAGCCAUUUCUACUGUAAGCCCACCAGUGCCUGCGACUCCAGACAAUCUUGACUCCUACAAUGGACCCCACCACAAUAGCACCGCAGUCUUCCCGACCACCCACGUCUCCAACAGCGAGACACACACAACCUUUCCGGAACAUCUCAGCUCUGGCAGUGAAAUGAGUGAGCUCCCGUCCGUCCACUCUCCCCCACAACAGGCCAGCGAGGGACGCAAUCAACAACACACCACCAACACCACUGGAGCAGUCUUGGUGUCAAAUACUGACAACACCAGUGUUGACACUUCUGUCUUCACAUACCCUUAUCCGGAAGAAAAUCAAUUAUUACAGACAAAAUUUGUAUCAUGAAAAGGCAACCACUGUUGUUGUUAUGUUUCUCUGAAUUCAGCUUGUACCAUAGAUAUUUUUCUCAUCCUUUGAUACUAUAGAAACAAUACACAAGACAAGAGAAUUGUUACACUGCGUUUUAUGUCACUU